GCAAGCUUUCAGUCUACAUACCCAGCAGUGAAUCAGUACUUUGGUAUGAGACACACCUGUGUUACAGGUUCAGCAACACCUUUUAGAAGAAGGGGUGUGACAAAGCUCAACCCCUCACCUGACGCAAAAUAGAAAACAGUUUGUGAUUCUUCCUCACUGAAGAGAGACGCAGACCGAAGGACAGACGAUCAGAUUCACCUUCAGACCAAACUAACAACUUCCUGUGAGUGAGUUCAGCUGAAACUCCAACACUGCUGCUUCAACCUGCUGACACUCCACACACUGAAGCUUCACUCAGAGACUAAAUGGCUUCCAGAUCAGAGGAGGAUCUCUGCUGUCCGGUCUGUCAGGACGUCUUUAGACAUCCUGUUGUUCUGUCAUGUAGCCACAGCUUCUGUAAAGACUGUCUGAAGAGCUGGUGGACAGAGAAACAAACACAGGAGUGUCCAGUUUGUAACAGAAGAUCUUCAAGGGCUGAACCACCUUUAAACCUGGUGUUAAAGAACCUGUGUGAGGCCUUCUUACAGGAGAGAGAUCAGAGAGCUUCAGAGGCUCUCUGCAGUCUGCACUCUGAGAAACUCAAACUCUUCUGUCUGGACCAUCAGCAGCCAGUGUGUGUCGUCUGCAGAGAUUCAGAAAAACACACCAAGCACAGAUUCAGACCCAUCGAUGAAGCUGCACGACAACACAAGAAGGAAGUUGAGGAAACUCUGGAGCCCAUAAAGGAGAAGUUAAAGGUUUGUGAACAAGUUAAAGUGAAGUGUGAACAAACAGCAGAACACAUGAAGGUCCAGGCCCGACGCACAGAGAGGCAGAUUAAGGAGCAGUUUAAGAAGCUUCACCAGUUUCUAGAAGAGGAAGAGGAGGCCAGGAUGGCUGCACUGAGGGAGGAAGAGGAGCAGAAGAGUCAGAUGAUGAAGGAGAAGAUGGAGGCUGUGAGCAGAGAGAUAGCAGCUCUUUCAGACACAGUCAGAGCCACAGAGGACGAGCUGAGAGCUGAAGACGUCUCAUUCCUGCUCAACUACAAGGCUGCAGUGGACAGAGUCCAGCAGCGCCCCCUGCUGGAUGAUCCACAGCUGCUCUCAGGAGCUCUGAUAGACGAGGCCAAACACCUGGGCAACUUGACCUUCAACAUCUGGAACAAGAUGAAGGACAUGGUCUCCUACACUCCUGUGAUCCUGGACCCAAACACUGCUGGUCCAAAACUCAUCCUGUCUGAAGAUCUGACCAGUGUGAGAGGAGCAGAGGAGGAGCAGCAGCUUCCUGAUAAUCCAGAGAGGUUUGAUAAUUACUGCUCUGUCCUGGGCUCUGAGGGCUUUAACUCAGGGACUCACAGCUGGGAUGUCGAGGUUGGAGACAGUACACAGUGGAUACUGGGUGUGUUAGCAGAGUCUGUCCAGAGGAAGGGACGCAUACAGUCUGGAUUGUGGAGAAUAAUGUUCUAUAAAGGUGAAUACUCAGCACGCUCACUACCAGCUCCACACACUGAUCUCAUCGUGCAGAACAAGCUCCAGAGGAUCAGAGUGAAUCUGGACUGGAACAGAGGAAAGCUGUCGUUCUCUGAUCCUGAUACUAACACACACAUACACACCUUCACACACACUUUCACUGAGAGACUGUUUCCAUACAUUUACACCACUGAUAAACUGAAGGUCUGUGUGACAGUGGAACACAGCAGUUAAAGAUGAAGAGGACGAUUAUAAUUUUGAUGUUGUUUAUUUCUUUACAGGAAAAGUCACUGAAUUGAUCUCGUUAGGCUGCACCUGUCCUCCUGCUGUUUACUUUGUUUCUGUCAUUGUCUCUACUUUGUUGUUGUUUAUUUUAACAAUCUGCUUUUUUUGUUUCAAUCAGAACUAGUCCAAUUCUUUGCUUCAAAAAUCAGUGUUUAAUUACAUUAAAUGUUUUAAAUGUUAAACAUAUAUUUUAAUUUGUUUUAAUCAUGUGACCAGUUUCCUGUUUGAUAUAAUAAAGUCUCGAUGAUUCUGUCUGUAAAA